AUGCCGGAGAACAAUAUCGUCCACGAUUCCCAGCAUACGUCCACGACUUUGAUCCGAAAUUGCAGCAUCAAGCUGUAUACUCCCCGGGGGAGUUGGGAUGCAAAGCCAAUGUCUGGAAAUUACGAGAAAGACAUCGUAGCCAGUCUGCUGAACAAUUACGGGUCACGUGUGAUCAGGCCCCUAAGGAACUCCUCACAACCAGUGGAUGUCACCUUGCGCCUUCUGAUUUCGCAGAUUGUGGAUUUCGAUGAGCCGAGACAACAACUGACUGUUAACGCUUGGCAGAAAAUGUCCUGGCGAGAUGACUUUCUAGUCUGGAACCCCAACGACUUCGGCGGUCAGGAUACUGUGUACGUGUUGGAGUCGGAUAUUUGGAUACCACGAGUCGUGCUACUGGAAAAUGUACAUUAUGAGUUUCCGAGCGUUGAUGAGAAGGAAUUGAUCGUCUCAUCAGACGGUACCGUGGUCUGGUACGCGUCCGCCAUGUUCCAAUUCUCCUGCAAGGUCUACGUCAAGCGCUUUCCAUUCGACGUCCAGCACUGUAACAUGACUCUCAUGGCCUGGUCCUACGACAUCUCCGCCCUCAACCUGUCGUACUUUGACGACGAAGACACUAAGCAGUACAUCUUCAGCAAGAAUGGGGUUUGGAAUCUCACUGGCGUUGAGAUGACUCGGGUGGAGACGAAAUACGCGUGCUGCGAGCACCCCUUCCCGCAGAUCAUUUACCGUUUGACCUUCCAGAGGGCGUCCUUGGUCUACAUCUUUAGCAUCUUGAUUCCAUCCAUUCUCCUUGCAAUGCUCACCCUGAUGGUGUUCUGUAUUCCCCCUGAGUCUGGGGAGAAGAUCUCACUAGGAAUAACCAAUCUCCUGGCGUUCGUUCUCUUCCAGCAGCUCAUAUCGGGCAGCAUGCCACCGAUUGGUGACGAAACACCCAUCCUAACCAUCUACAUUUUCUCCAUGGUUGUCAUCGGUUGUGCCUCCAUCUUUGUCUCCGUCUACGUCCUGUGGCUGUUCCACUCUCCCCCAGAGCGGACCGUCACACGCCGUCUGGUCUCCGCCAUGACGUACUUCAGUCAUGACCCGAGCAAGAGCAGGGUUACUUGGAAGGCUGUGGCUUGCAAGUUGGACCGGGCCUUGUUGGUUUUGUUCCUGGUGUUGACUCUUAUUGUCAUACUUGCAUCGUGUAUUGCACUCGCAGUUGCUAAAGAUGGACCCAACUGAUUUCAUUAAAACCUCUUAAUUUUGUGAAAUCGCGGCUGCGUCUACAACAGUGGCUUUUGCCUUGGCUCUCGAAUUAUUUCAAAAUCCAAACCAAGAUGUAAUCCAGACUCUGAUCUUGUAUUUAUAAGUUUGAUUUUCCCAAAGCAAACCAUGGACUGUAUAAUUGUAUUAAUUCGGAGUCCUCAACAAAUGAUCCAAAAUCACCUGGAGCCGAACCGCACACGAAGCCGACCUUUAGAAAACCGCUUAGAUGUGAAUGUCGGAACAUAGUAUUUGCAGGUGAUUGACAUCCAUAUGAAAA